UUUUUCUGUUUCAACAUUUUUUUCUUCCCCUCCUUUUCUCCCCUCCUUCUCUUCUCACAAAAGCACCACCUUACCUUCUUCGUUUGCAGAGAAAUAUUUCCAAUUCUCAUGCAAAGGAAUUGAACAUGGGGAGGAAAGGAAGCUGGUUUUCUUCUGUGAAGAAAAUUUUCAUAUCUGAUUCCAAGAAAGAUCAGAAACCUCAUCAUCAUAAGUCAAAGUUAACAUGUUUUGGACAUCAUGAACAUUAUGUGGAUCCAGAAUCGGAAUCAAGAGAAGUUGUUUCUGUUCCAUCUCUUCCUAGAAGAAAAAAAGCCACUCGCCGCGCAACUCUUCCUGGUUGUUAUAUUGGAAAAACAGCUCAAGAAAUAUCAGCUAUGAAAAUUCAAUCCGCCUUUCGCGGAUAUUUGGCGAGGAGGACUUUGCGCGGAUUGAGAGGCUUGGCGAGGUUGAAAGCAUUGGUGAAAGGACAAUCUGUUCAACGACAGGCGGCUACUACGUUACAAUGCAUGCAAACGCUUUCGCGAUUGCAGUCUAAAGUUAGUGCGAGGAAGGUUAGAAUGUCGGAGGAGAAUCAAUCUUUCCAACGCCAAUUGCAACAGAAACGCGAAAAGGAACUUGAUAAGUUACAAGCCGCGCCUAUUGAAGAAUGGGAUUAUAGUUCGAAAUCGAAGGAGCAAAUCCAAGCGAAAUUGUUGCAUAGACAGAUCGCGGCUAUGAGAAGAGAAAAGGCCUUGGCCUAUGCUUCAACACAUCAACAAACAUGGAGGAACACUUCAAGAGAAUCCGCGGAUGCGACGAUUAUGGAUCCGAACAAUCCUCAUUGGGGAUGGAAUUGGCUUGACAGAUGGAUGGAUUCAAGGCCAUGGGAAGGACAAAACACAAAGGAUGAAAAGAAUCAUAAAUCAACAAAAGGUGCUGCGAGUCACACUAUGUCAGUUGGAGAAAUCUCUAAAUUGUAUACUCUAAGAGAUCAAAAUCAAGAUAAUAAAAUCUCUCCUACAAGCCAAAAACCAAAUCCUCAAAAUAUAGCUUCAAGGAACAUACCUUCAACACCUAUUAAAGUAAGAGCAAAAACAUCAUCAACUGGUUCUUGGGGUGGUGAUGGUGAUUCAAAGUCCAUGUUCAACAAGAUCUCCGAAAGCAAACGAAGACAUAGCAUCGCGGUAUCUCCAGAGAAAGAAGAUGAAAGCCUUGUUAACUCACCUGCAAAGGUUGUAAAGGCUAAAAGCAAAGUGCAAAGUACUCCUGCAAAGAAACAGCUUUCUUUCACAGCUUCUGGCUCUGGUGGUUCUGGUACAAGAAGGCAUUCUGUUCCAAGUAAAAUCGGAAUGAAUUCUAAUAAGAAUGGUGUUGCUACUAUUCCUGAAGGGAAAGUGAAAGUGAGAAAUGGAGGGAGCAGGUAG